AUGGAGGAAGAGACUAAGUGUGAAGAUGGCGCUGGGUGCGGGCUGAGUGCGCAGCAGCAGCUGCAGCAGCAGCAAGACGUGCGGGAUGUCGGCGCCGUGCGGGACGGCGGGUCGUUCCUCGGGCGGGGUGGCAGCCGUCGAGGCCAGCAGCAGCAGCGGGCUGAGGAGGACGAGGAGGUGGUGGAGGUGGCGGCCAACAGCGGAGUCGACGACAUGAGAGGGAUGCCUACGGCGGACACCUACUGUGACACUCACUUCAUGUAA